AUGCCUCCCAAAAAGGCUGCAUCCAAAAAGGCUGGCGGAAAGGACAAGAAGGAUGGAAACAAGGAUAAAGGUCAAGAAAAUAUCGAGUUGAACAAUUCAGCUCUUGUUGAUGGAUUGCACGCUCCUCCUUCCUUUAGAGAGAUGGAAUUGGAGCUCCAAGUGCAAAGUCUUCAAAAUCGCAUUGUCGCAUUUCAAGCCAGAUUCGACGACAUGGUAUCUGAAAACAAUGAGCUCAGACGUGAUGGUGAAGUUCAAGAACGGGAUACUUUAGACGUACUUGGAGCUCUCAGGGCCGAAUCUGAGCAAAAGGACGUGGAAAUCGAAUCGCUCAAACACCACAUCGAUGCAGUCAGGGAGACUUGUGAAGUUCAGAUAGACUCGCUCAAGGGAGAAUGUAAAAAGCAAGUGGAAGAAGUGCUAGCUACUAUGGCAGAAAAGGAUGCUCAACAUAAUGUCAUACUGCAAGAGUUUGCAACCAUCAAAGAUUUUAGAAGGAAAAGACACGAGCUACUUGCAGAACUUGACAAGUCACGCGAAGAUCUUGUGAUAAUAGAAGCCCGACAUGCUGAUGCCAUGUCACGACUAGAACGACGAUUUUUCGAAGACAAGGUCAGAAUACAGCGAGAAGCUAAUAGGAAGAUUUCGGAUCUUGCUGCCCAAGCGCAUCAGGAGGCCGUUGCUAAUUUGGACGAGACGACUCGAGAUGUGUAUAGAGAGAAUGUUCGAUUGGCAGAUGCUCUGAAACGACACGUGGAAGACGGAGAAGGGCUACAGAAGCGGAAUGCUGAAUUGGAAGCUCGGUGCAAACUGUUGCUGGAUGAGCGGGAAGUCAAUCAGAUGAUUGUCAAGGAAAAGAUAUUGAAGAGCAAGUCACAGGGGUCUGAGAUCAAGGACUUGCAUACAAAAGUCAUGUCGUUGGAGAGUACCCUGUCAACGGUGAUUCUCGGAUUCGAACGAGAACGAGAAGCUUUAGCUUCCAGAGCUAGAAUAGAGAUCGAUACAAUUACCGCCACGACCGAUGAAUUACGACAAGAUCUGAAACGACGUGUCAAGGAAGCCAAACAUAUCAAGCGACUGGCACAACAUGUCUUGGAUCAGCGCACAAGUCUAGAAAAGUUCUUCAUGGACGCUCUGCACUAUACUCGACAACAGAUACGCCAGUCACGAGCAGAAGCACAACGAGAAGCCAAAGCCCAAUACCAGUCUCAAAUGCGCGCACUCGUCACAUCCAAGGAAGCAACAUCACCAGCACUACAGUCACUCAAGAUUAUACCACCAAACUCUAAGAAGGAUUUGGUUCAACUGAUUUUGGAAGAAGAUCCCGUAACGGCUCCGAAACCAAAUCAAGAUGGUGGUGUUGACUUGACUGAUCUCAGCUGGAGUGAUAAGGAACGAGUGCUGCGUGUGCUCUUUGCUCAAAUGAAUGGAGUUAGUCUAACAGCUCCUGCAUCCGAUGAUAACGAACAAGAGGAUGAACGCGAAAUCGAACAAGUUCCCGAGCAAAAGGAAGCUGUUGCUGCUACUGAUGGUGCCUUUGCAAGACCGAAAAGUGAAUCUCAAGCUCAAGCUAAACGGCCAUCUGCAGCAUCGUCUAGAACACCGAAUUUGCCUCAGUUGAGGUCUCUGGCAGAAACAGCCACGUCGAGUUUCCAGUCAUUAGGACUUGAUAUAACAGGAAUACCAUUAGGAAAUUAA